AUGGAGCCCAGUAGUUGGAAUCAAAGGAAUUCUUCUGAGGACUUCGUCAUGCUCGGCUUUUCGAACCUGCCAAAAUAUGAGGUCCUUCUCUUUUGGCUAUUUCUGACCAUGCACCUGGUCACUCUCUCAGGGCACUUUUCUAUUGUGGUUGUGACUUUGGCUGAGCCCUCCCUUCACACCCCCAUGUAUUUCUUCCUGCGUAAUCUGUCCUCUAUUGAGAUCUUCUACACGCUGGUCAUUGUGCCUAAGAUGCUGGUGAAUUUCUUAGCCAGCAGCCGAAAGGUCUCCUUGCCUGCAUGCGCCACACAGAUGUAUUUCUUCAUUGCUUUGGGCACAUCAGAGUGUUUCCUGCUGGCAGUGAUGGCCUAUGACAGAUAUGUGGCCAUAUGCAAUCCUUUGCGCUAUACCGUUAUUAUGAGUCAGGCACUCUGUCUCCAUCUAGUGGUGGUAGUCUGUGCUACAGGCUUCAUCCUCUCCCUGGGACUCACUGCGCUGAUUUUCAGGCUGCCUUUCUGUGGUUCUCAUGAAAUCAAUCAUUUCUUCUGUGACAUUCCACCAGUGUUGUUCCUGGCCUGUAGUGACACCCACACCGAUGAGAUUUUGGUCUUCGUUGCAUGCCUGAUGGCUCUUCUGGUUCCCUUCCUAUUGAUCCUGGUUUCCUAUGUGUUCAUCGCCAACUCCAUCCUGAGGAUCAAAUGCUCCCAAGGCAGGAAAAAGGCCUUCUCCACUUGCGCAGCUCAUCUGGUGGUGGCCGUCCUCCACUAUGGCUGUGCCAUUUUCAUCUACAUCCGCCCCAAGGCCAGCUAUUCCCUCGAGCAAGACAAAGUGGUCUCUCUGAUCUACACCAAUGUCACGCCUAUGUUGUACCCCAUGAUCUACAGUCUCAGGAAUAAGGAAGUGAAGGGUGCCUUGAGGAAGGUUAUCAGGAGAAAAGUCUCAUUUCAGAAAAAUACUGAGUGA